CUUAAAAAAGACAGACAAGGAGGGACUGAGUGAGUGAGUGUGGGUGUGUGACUGGAGAGAUAACCGAAGUUCAUCUCAGGAUGCCUGCAUACGCCACCAACAUGAGGUUGAAGUUCCCGAUCUUGGCCUUGAUUUUGGAGAUUAUCACAAUCAUCCUGUUUGCGGUCUUUACAGUCUACAGUGAUGGAACAAAUCAUGAUGACCACAAGAAACCCUCCAAUGAGACCCACGAUGAGCCGGAACCAAUGAAGCUCUAUCCCAUGUUCCAGGAUGUUCACGUCAUGAUCUUCAUUGGUUUCGGGUUCCUGAUGACCUUCCUGAAGAGAUAUGGGUUCAGCAGUGUGGGUCUCAACUUACUUCUGGCUGCUUUCGGCCUGCAGUGGGGCCUCCUCAUGAAGGGCAUCUGGCACCGGGAUGCGGCUGGCAAGAUCCCAAUCGGCAUCGAUUCAAUGAUCAAUGCAGACUUCAGCACAGCUACAGUCCUGAUCUCCUUUGGAGCUGUUCUGGGUAAAACCAGCCCUGUGCAGCUCCUCAUCAUGACUGUACUGGAGAUCACCAUCUUCUGCCUCAAUGAGCAUCUGGCAGUUGAAAUCCUCGAGGCAAAUGAUGUUGGUGCUUCCAUGACCAUCCAUGCCUUUGGAGCCUACUUUGGGCUGGCUGUGGCACGAGUACUUUACAGACCGGGUUUGAGGAAUGGACAUGAGAAUGAUGGAUCUGUUUAUCACUCUGAUAUGUUUGCUAUGAUUGGAACCGUCUUCCUGUGGAUGUUCUGGCCCAGUUUUAACUCAGCCAUUGCUGAUCCUGGCUUGCCUCAGCUCACAGCAGUGAUCAACACCUACCUCUCCCUGGCCGCUUGUGUGCUCUCUGCCUAUGCCAUCUCCAGUCUUGUGGAGCACAAAGGAAAACUGGACAUGGUGCACAUCCAGAAUGCCACCUUGGCUGGUGGUGUUGCCGUGGGAACAUGUGCUGACAUGAACAUUGGGCCAUUUGGCGCUAUGCUGAUUGGAUUUGUGGCUGGCAUCAUUUCUACCGUGGGCUUCAAGUACCUAAGUCCUAUCCUGGCAGCCAACCUGGGCAUCCAGGAUACCUGUGGUGUCCACAAUCUGCAUGGCAUGCCCGGCAUCCUGGGCGGGUUGGCUGGUAUCGUUGCUGUCGCUUUGGGGAAAAAAGACGGAGAUGCUGCCAUGCAGGCUGCUGCCUUGGCUUCAUCCCUCGGGUUCGCUUUGGUCGGAGGUGCUAUUACAGGUUUAAUAAUGAAGUUGCCCUUCUGGGGACAGCCUCCAGAUCAGAACUGCUUUGAUGACUCUAUUUACUGGGAGGUUCCCGCAGAGGAGGAGGAGAAUGAGGAGAGUGGGGCUCAUGCCGAUCACUCAAAGAACAAAGCAGAGGUGUAAAACAUUUGAGUUAGAAAUAAAAGUUUUAAGCAGAAAAUCAUUCAUCAAUAAUACAUUUUGGGUUAUUUUUCACCAUAGUGCAGUUUACAUUUUUAAUUUGGAACACAAUAGACAAUAAAAUAUCAUAAAGGUAAUCUGAUUCUUACAAUUGAUUUGGUUCAUUCAAUCUACUUAGGAAUUUGAAAGGAGUAACCAUCAGGGAUUUUUUUUUACACUGAAAGUUGUGAUCAACAGUUCACAAUAGUCAUGAGCCACAAUAGUGGGUCACACCAUAGCUUCACUGUUGAAACACUUCUAUAAGCUUUUUCUUUACUGUGUUUUAUAUUAUAAAAACAUAAAAGCAUGUUUUAAGACAUUAGUAUAGUGUGUAUUUUCCUUCAUACAUUCUUCUAUAUUUUAAUAUACCUGGCAUACGUAUCUGUGCUGAGGCUUUAGGUCAAAGACAGGAAUCAACCCAGGCUUUGAUCUGCUGCUUCGUGUUACCUCACUGGAGCCCAGUCCUUCUGCAAGGAGCUGCAGUCAGACUGUGUGAAGUCAGCUUGGCUCUGACAUGGGCAGGGAUAGUAGCAUAAUGAUCUUGUAACUAAUAAACUUUUGUGUGUCUUAUCUUCCACUGCUUCCAAACAUUUUCUAUCCAUCUGAGGGCAGCUUAACAAUUUCUUCAAUGCAAUAAUGAACUGUGCAUUAGGAUUGGCUGUCACUGGGCAAGCUGUGUUUUUUUUUCCUGUUUUCUAUUUACAUCUGAUGUACUCUUUUGUGUACAUGCAGUUUAGCAUUUAGAUGGAUUGACAUGGUCAGUUUGAUUAAAGCCCUGCACUGUCAAAGAAAAACUGGUACUGCAUGUUUUUAGAUAUCUUUAUAAAAAUGCAUCAGGAUCUUGCAGAAAAAAAGAACAGGCUGGCAUUUAUUUUAGGUGCAAAUGAGACAAAAUGUGAUGUUGUUGUUUUUUUACCCAUUAUCACCUUAAUGCACCUGUUGGUGUAUGUUCAGUCUCUUUCUCUUUUUCUGCAGUUUAGUCAUAGUAAAAUAGUCUUCUUCAGUCUUUUUUGAACUGUCACACAUGUGAAAGACUUUACUGUGUCUAUCACAGUAUUAGACUUUGCUUUGGCUGCUUGAUAUCUUUUGAAUCUGCAGAGUGUUGCAGUGCUGACAGACAGAUUUGUAUUGUGUCAAAACAUAGGACUGCAGGGCUAGAUGAAAAUGACUACGUGUAGACUUAUUCAAUGAUAUUUUAGUUUGUCAGAUUAUGUUUGAUGCUCAGACCACUGAAACACACCAAAAUUUGUAUUUUUAUACAGUGGACAUGUGCUUUUAUUUGUAUAAUAUACUAAUACUGUCAUAAUAAAUAUGUUUUUGUACAAUA